GGGGAGGAGGGUUGCACAUUUUACAGCUCACUGACCAUUUGGCGAUCCAUUGAGAGGAGGGUUUGGAAAAGUGGCUCCUUUGUGACAGCUCUCGCCAGAUUGGGGGGCUGCUCAUUUGCAUCUCAUUAGUUAUGCGAGCGGCCGGCGGGAUUUAAGGGCGGCAGGCGCCUGCCUCGGCCAGAUCCUCCGGCGUGCACCCGCGGUUACCCUGUCUGACCGACCGAGGCAGGUCACGGCAGAGCACCGGUGCGGCACGGAGCCUCCCACGCUUCGGCCUCCGGUCCUGGGUGUGUGUUCUCGCAUGGCAUUGGCUGAAUUCUUGGGGAAGACGCGAGGCUUUGCGGUGGCGCAAGAGAUACCGGUCCAGAACACUCUGGGAGCGGCAGCGGCCGCCGAGUGACGCCCGGCCGGGAGGGAAACCAGGGCGCGCGCCGCAGUUCUUGCCACCACCGCCGUCCGUUCCCACCGCGCCCCUCGGGGCCCCGGAUUAUCGCCUCACCGGUGGGAUUUCCAGACCGCCGCUCUCUAAUAGGCCUCUGAAGGAAGCCACUGCAAGCUCUCUUGGGAAUUAAGCUGAACAUCUGGACUCUCUUUCCUCUGUGUCUUCUCUCCUUUCUCCUCUUUCCCUCCACGAAGACGCUUAAGACAAAACCAGAACGCCGGCGACCCUCACCUACUCGUGAACUGGAAGCCAGAAGAGGAAACCGAAAGUUGCCCUCUCUCAGUGCCUCGCAGAUCUGUCAGUCAGGGACAUAUCUGAAGCACCGCACCCUCUUUAAGCAACUGGCUCUGAUUACCACACCUGGAGCGGAGGGACGCCUUCUCCCCCGUGCUCCUAGGGUCACAUAGACUUUCCUGGCAUUCCUGGGUCUUUGAAGAAAGGAGAAAAGAGGAUACUCUAGGAGAGCAAGGGCGUCCAGCGGUACCAUGGGCCGUCGGAGCGCUCUAGCCCUAGCCGUGGUCUCGGCCCUGCUGUGCCAGGUCUGGAGCUCUGGCGUGUUUGAGCUGAAGCUGCAGGAGUUCGUCAACAAGAAGGGGCUGCUGGGGAACCGCAACUGCUGCCGCGGGGGCUCAGGCCCGCCGUGCGCCUGCAGGACCUUCUUCCGCGUGUGCCUCAAGCACUAUCAGGCCAGCGUGUCCCCGGAGCCACCCUGCACCUACGGCAGCGCGGUCACGCCAGUGCUGGGUGUCGACUCCUUCAGCUUGCCUGAUGGCGCAGGCAUCGACCCUGCCUUCAGCAACCCCAUCCGUUUCCCCUUCGGCUUCACCUGGCCAGGUACCUUCUCUCUGAUCAUUGAAGCCAUGCACACAGAUUCUCCCGAUGACCUCGCAACAGAAAAUCCAGAAAGGCUCAUCAGCAGACUGACCACGCAGAGGCAUCUGACGGUAGGAGAAGAGUGGUCUCAGGACCUUCACAGCAGCGGACGCACAGACCUCCGGUACUCUUACCGUUUUGUGUGUGAUGAACACUACUAUGGAGAAGGUUGCUCUGUGUUCUGCCGACCCCGAGACGAUGCUUUUGGCCACUUCACCUGCGGGGAGAGAGGAGAGAAGGUGUGCGACCCUGGCUGGAAAGGCCAAUACUGCACUCAACCAAUCUGUCUGCCAGGGUGUGAUGACCAACAUGGAUUUUGUGACAAGCCAGGGGAAUGCAAGUGCCGAGUUGGCUGGCAGGGCCGCUACUGUGAUGAGUGCAUCCGAUACCCAGGCUGUCUCCAUGGCACCUGCCAGCAGCCCUGGCAGUGUAACUGCCAGGAAGGCUGGGGAGGCCUUUUCUGCAACCAGGACCUGAACUACUGCACCCACCACAAGCCAUGCAGGAACGGAGCCACUUGCACCAACACGGGCCAGGGGAGUUACACCUGCUCCUGUCGACCUGGGUAUACAGGUGCUAACUGUGAGCUGGAAGUAGAUGAGUGUGCACCAAGCCCCUGCAGGAAUGGAGGGAGCUGCACGGACCUUGAGGACAGCUACUCUUGCACCUGCCCUCCUGGCUUCUAUGGCAAGGUCUGUGAGCUGAGCGCCAUGACUUGUGCAGAUGGUCCCUGCUUCAACGGGGGACGGUGCUCAGAUAACCUUGACGGAGGCUACACCUGCCAUUGCCCUUCAGGCUUCUCCGGCUUCAACUGUGAGAAGAAGAUGGAUCUCUGCAGCUCUUCCCCCUGUUCUAAUGGUGCCAAGUGUGUGGACCUCGGCAAUACCUACCUAUGCCGAUGCCAGGCUGGCUUCUCUGGGAGAUACUGUGAGGAGAAUGUGGAUGACUGUGCCUCCUCCCCGUGUGCAAACGGGGGCACCUGCCGGGAUAGUGUGAAUGAUUUCUCCUGUACCUGCCCACCUGGUUACACAGGCAGGAAUUGCAGUUCCCCUGUCAGCAGAUGUGAGCAUGCUCCCUGCCACAAUGGGGCCACGUGCCACCAGAGCGGCCAACGCUACAUGUGUGAGUGCGCCCAGGGUUAUGGAGGCCCCAACUGCCAGUUCCUGCUCCCUGAGCCACCACAGGGCCCCGUGGUGGUGGACCUUAGUGAGAGGCAUAUGGAGAGCCAGGGCGGGCCUUUCCCCUGGGUGGCAGUGUACGCUGGGGUGGUACUCGUCCUCAUGCUACUGCUGGGCUGUGCUGCUGUGGUCGUCUGCGUCCGGCUGAAGCUCCAGAAACACCAGCCCCCACCUGAUCCUUGUGGGGGAGAGACAGAGACCAUGAACAACCUGGCCAAUUGCCAGCGCGAGAAAGAUGUUUCCGUCAGCAUCAUUGGGGCUACACAGAUCAAGAACACCAACAAGAAGGCGGACUUUCACGGGGACCAUGGUGCCGACGAGAGCCGCUUUAAGGCCCGAUACCCUGCUGUGGACUAUAACCUCGUUCGAGACCUCAAGGGAGAUGAAGCCACCAUCAGGGAUGCACACAGCAAACGUGACACCAAGUGCCAGUCACAGAGCUCUGCAGGAGAAGAGAAGGGAACUUCGACACUCAGGGGUGGAGAGGUCCCUGACAGAAAAAGGCCCGAGUCUGUCUACUCUGCUUCAAAGGACACCAAGUACCAGUCAGUAUAUGUCCUAUCUGCACAGAAGGAUGAGUGCAUCAUAGCAACUGAGGUGUAAGAUGGAAGCGAUGUGGCAAAAA